UUGUAACAUAAAACGCAGCAGCCUUCAGUUUUUGAUUAUCUGGUAGCUUCUUCAAAACUGUAUCGAAGCAAUAGCUGCACUCGGUUUGGUUACAACUCGUCGCCGUUUAGUAUUAACGAUCCCAGUCUGAGUGUCGUUUAACCUUGUAAGCCGCAAAAAUGUCGACGGUAAUGCAGAAAAUCAAAGACAUCGAAGAUGAGAUGGCUCGGACUCAAAAGAACAAGGCCACAGCUCAUCAUCUUGGAUUGCUCAAGGCUAAACUUGCAAAGCUACGAAGAGAACUCCUUGAGCCUUCUGCAAAAGGAGGUGGUGGUGCUGGUCAAGGUUUUGAUGUCACUAAAAGUGGAGAUGCCAGAGUUGGCCUGGUUGGUUUUCCUUCGGUUGGGAAAUCUACACUGCUAAAUAAACUAACAGGAACUUUUUCAGAGGUCGCAUCCUAUGAAUUUACUACCUUGACUUGCAUCCCAGGUGUUAUUGUAUAUAGAGGAGCUAAAAUUCAGUUGUUGGAUCUUCCUGGUAUUAUUGAGGGUGCUAAGGAUGGGAAGGGUAGAGGAAGACAGGUUAUUAGUACUGCUAGGACAUGCAAUUGUAUCUUAAUCGUUCUUGACGCCAUAAAGCCGAUAACUCACAAGCGUCUGAUAGAGAAAGAGCUGGAGGGAUUUGGCAUAAGAUUAAACAAGGAACCACCUAAUCUCACAUUCAGGAAGAAAGAAAAGGGUGGGAUUAAUUUCACCUCAACAGUUGCUAACACUCACCUUGAUCUCGAUACUGUGAAGGCAAUAUGUAGCGAAUACAGAAUUCAUAAUGCCGAUAUCACACUGAGGUAUGAUGCAACGGCUGAUGACCUUAUAGAUGUCAUCGAGGGCAGUAGGAUAUACAUGCCCUGCAUAUAUGCGAUAAACAAGAUUGAUCAGAUUACCCUUGAAGAGCUGGAGAUUUUGGACAGACUUCCUCACUACUGCCCAGUCAGUGCUCACCUUGAAUGGAAUCUUGAUGGUUUGUUGGACAAGAUAUGGGAAUAUCUUAAUUUGACUCGCAUUUACACGAAACCUAAGGGCAUGAAUCCAGACUAUGAAGAUCCAGUGAUUCUGUCAUCUAGAAAUUGUACAGUGGAUGAUUUCUGCACCAGAAUCCAUAAGGAUAUGCUGAAACAGUUCAAAUACGCGCUGGUAUGGGGAUCAAGCGCAAAGCACAAACCUCAGAGAGUUGGCAAGGAACAUGAACUAGAGGAUGAAGAUGUGGUACAAAUAAUAAAGAAAGUGUGACAAAGUCAUCUCCGAUUUGUGAGUUCUUUGGUGAGAUCUGUAAGCUAUGAAUUCUGCGGUUUUGAAGGUAAUCGAGUUGGAGCGGAACUCACAUGGUGAGCAUAGUAGGAAACAGAUUGAUAUGAAAUUAUGCUAUUAUCCAAUCAGGCACUUCAGUUAUGUAUCUGUUUGCCCAUGGUAUGUAUGACUUAAAUGAUGAGACUGAGCAAAUAGGAUUAGUUGAGAAAUACAAAUUGGAAAGAUAGGUGAUGAAGAAUUGUGGAUUUACUUAAUGAAUUGGGUGUCAAUUCAUCACGUGUUUAACUGUGUUAUUGGUAUUUUGUCUUUGCAGCUGAACUAUUCAAAACAUGGUAUGGCAAUGGUUUUGUUUUUUA